CCGGAGGCGGCGUGCUGGGAGGGCCGCAGCCGGUCUCGUUGCAAAUGGGGUCCGGGCACCCCAUUUCCUCAGGGAGCACUGUUCGCACCUGCGCAGUGGGUUGUCGCUGAGCUGCCUUGGCCAGUAGGGAUUCGUGACCCUGAGUGGCCAGUAGGACGCGCGUCCUCCUCCCUGUGGUGUGGACACAGGGGCGACUCGGGCCGCGCCCCCGCAGCUGGGUCACGUGGGGCGUCUGGGUCUUGGCACCUGAUGCCCCCGGUCUCGGCAGGCACUGAGCUCAUUCAGGGAAGCACCUAGGCCCUGCCCUCGGGUUGGACAUCAGCCCCCCUUCUGUUGUUGGGGAGCGUUGCUGAGUGGUUUCCUCCCUGGUCACUUGUCACUUCAGGACUCAGUUUACAGGGGGUCCCCGCAGGGCCCUCCCGCUAGCCCGCCUGCCUUUCCCACGCCCGCCCCAGCGGUUACUGCGCGGCUCAGAAUAGGCCCCAAGCACUCGGAGGGUGAUGUCCGCGGAGGGGGCGCAGAUCUGUCACGGACAGAGUGUCCGGCAGUGCCCGUGUGACUGAGCCUGUGGGGUUGUACACUGGGGGGUGCCUGCCCACCCCACUCCGGCCUGGGCGUGUAGGUAGGACAGGUGCUCACAUGACAGAUGCUCAUGCAGCCUUACCCCCGCUGCGAGGUCCAGGCACCAGACCCUGGGUUAGGGCUGGACCUGCUCAACCCACACAGCCGGCCACAGGCCCCCAGGACGUCAGACCUGGUCAGAUAGGACUGUAGUGAAGCCCGGAGGCCACAGGGGUCCAGAGCCCGCGGUGGGUGUGCCCCCUCAGCCUCUCUCUUCCUGCAGCUCAGAGCUCCGGUGCCGUGGAGGAGAUGCUAGACCAGGAGAACAGGCGGAUGGCUGAUAGCCUGGCCUCCAAGGUCACCAGGCUCAAAUCGCUGGCCCUGGACAUCGAUAGGGAUACGGAGGACCAGAACCGGUACCUGGACGGCAUGGGCUCGGAUUUCAUGAGCAUGACAGGCCUGCUCACGGGGAGCGUGAAGCGCUUUUCCACGAUGACGCGGUCUGGGCGAGACAACCGGAAGCUGCUGUGCGGCGUGGCGGGGGGUCUGAUCGUGGUCUUCUUCAUCCUCUACUACCUCCUGUCCAGAGCAAGGACGUGAGCCAGUGGAGCUGGCUCUGGGGGUGCCCUGGGCAACUAGGGCCUCCUGCCCCGUGCCUGGCUGCAGAGGCCCUGCUGCCUAACACUGCUUUGACAUGGUGACCGUGGCUUAGGGUCUCCUCCCGUGUGGCUGGGAGACCAGCUGCCUCCGACCUGAGCUGUGUGGCUGGCGCAGGGGCCCCAGGUGCUCGCGGCACCGUCAGCCUCCUAGGAGCAGAGCAGCCGGGAACCCUGGACAUGGCCGCCCGUGGCCUGCAGCCCUUCCCCAGCCCUCGGCUCUGACACCCCAUCCUUGUCUGGGAAAGGCUGCGUCUGCUCUCAGGUGCCUGGAUCUGACGGAAGCCGGUGAGGCUGCGAACCUCAGAUCAGCGCCAUCUUCCCCACGUGGGUUCCAGCCCAGGGUGGCAGUUCCUCCUGCCCCGGGCUGCCGAGCACAGUGGGGUGGGCGGCGGUGCUGAGGGCCCCGCUCGGCCUCGAUCUCAGCCUCGCCUGCCCUCCAGUCCCGCAGCUGAAGCCAGACCUCCGGGGAAGAGCAGGUGGUGCGGAUGAAGGAGUGGAAUGCAGUCCUGGCUGGGGGCCCCAGGCCCCAGCCUUCUGGAUCUCGCGGCCGUGUAUCCAAGAGCAGAAAUCCACAUUUUCUCAGGAUUGAGGAUCCACCCAAAGAUGCAUUUCCUGGAGACCAGGGCUCUAGAAGCAGGUCUUUUUGGCAAUUCAGAGUCGGGCAGCGUGUGCAUGUGCGUGCACGUUUCUAUGGGUCUUGACAGCGGGCUUCCCUGUAAGGACCCUGUUCGUAGGACCUGUGGUCACUUCUUGAGGGUCCCUGGGUAAUUCCCUCUGCACCAAGCCAGCCCUUCCUCCCACAGGGAGUCUCCCGUGCUGUGAGGGAGCUUUGAGCCAGGCCUUCUCCCCAGCUUCUGCAGCCUGUCCUCCCGAUGGCCUGUCCCCGGGCCCUAACUGCCCACUUGGCAGGCCCUGUGCCCACACAAACCAAACCCCAGGCCAGCGGCUUCUCACCCCAGGGAGACCCCAGUGCCCUUGUCUUCACAUAGAGCCAGUUAUUGGCUCUGUCCUUCAUGGCUUUGUUCCUAUCCUCUGCUUUCCCAGUCUCUCCCAUUACUGCCUGCAGGCUGUCGGCCCACUGUCCACCUGCCUGCACGGUUACCCCACGGGGCCUCUUGGCUCCUGCCAUCCGCUGCUCCUCCCAGCAGGCCGAGCCUGUCCUCACGGUCACCGUGGUGUCCUCCAGCGCACCUGGCUGGGCCCUUCGGCCUCCGGGAGGGGUCCAAGGGCUCUGCUCUGUCUGCCCUGCCCUCCAGCGCAUGCUGAUGUCACGGAGCCCUCGAACCCACCUGUCUCUGGGGCUGCUUCCCUCGAUGAUGGUCCAGCCCUGUGACCCCGUGCGCCUCAGCUCUGGCUCAGCCUCUGCUUCUCUCCAGUGAACCCCGUCAUGGGGGCUUGUGCACAUCACCACGCUGCUGCCGCUGCCUGCCAUGCCUCCGCCCAGUCCUGCAGACGGCUGAGCCCGCGCUCCACGGCCCCCAUGCCUCCCUGGCCUGCGGUGCUGGCCUCGCCCAGAGAACAUGGCUCUGCUAUGGCACGAGGUUACCACGCCCCGGGGCUCUGCCUCUCGCGGGUGCGAUGAGGAGUGCAGGCUCUGUCGGGCGGCCUCCGGGAGCGUCCUGCUCUGACUCCUCGCUGUGCUUGCCCCCCUCCGUCUGUCCCCAGGGCCCCUUGCGACUUCAGCCAUUUUGGGGCCUGGACUUCUUGCUUCUCCUUGUGUGAGGGUGGAUUCCAUGAAGGCGGCACGCAGGCCAUCACCCUGCUCAGCACGGGUGUGCUGUGCGCACACCACCUAACUCUGCUGGGAGGGUUGCUGACACUGAGCCCUAAGAGCAGCCCAUGUCCUGUGAGGACGACCUGCCAGGCUCCCCCACAGCUCAAGGACAAGACAAUAAAAAUUUGGAAUAAA